AUGCCGCUCUCCGCCUCUACGCGCGGGCUAAAGUUCAUGAAUCGCGCGCAACCCACUGCGCCCGUCGCUCCCGCCUCCUCGGCACCCGUUCCGAGCGCAGCGAAGAGCUCGAAGGCUGCAGAGACAUCCAAGGCUGGUGUGUCGAGGCAGAACGGGGCGGGAAAAGCUGGGAAUGUGAAGGAGGAGGCGCGGACUGAUGAGGUGAAGAAGGGGGACGAGGAGGGCUGGGCUGGACGAAGGGUCGUAGGAUCCAGCGGCCGCCCAACGAUCAUCCAAGAAUCCUCCCUCCUCUCCUUCCCCAUGCUUUCGACGCUCUCCAGCAAGAGAUCCACAACUACGACUACGUUCGCGAGUGCAUCGGCUACUUACUCGUCGAUGCCGCUCACUUCGUCGACUGUUUCGGGUCGGAGGAGCUACGGAGGCGCGAACGUCGAGAUUGAGAAACUGAACGACCCCUCCUCACACCAACCCACCGACUCCCCCUCCACCUCGUCCUCGACCAAACCGCGCCGCUCAAAAGCGGACCGCGCAUCCGCAAUCGUCCCCGGAGAGGAUGAGGGAGGGAAGAAGAGGCGGAAGACGGAGGAUGAGGACGAGUUGCGCGCUGGUGGGCUGAGGUGGGAUGACGAUAGUGGGGCGACGGAUGGGAAGAGCGGGAAGAAGCAGGGAGGGUUUGCGCGUCCUGCUGGAUUUGAGGGAGUCAAGAAGGGCGACGCGGCGAAGGGGAAGGGACGCGCGAGGCAGGGGGACUUGAUGGACGCCGAGGGGUCAUUCAAGUGGGCGAAGAAGGGCGAGAUGCGCGAGUGGGACGAGGGCAAGGGCGAUUCGAGCGAAGGGGAAGACGAGGACCUCCUCGACAUGAGCGGAGACGACACCGGCACGGACGAGGACGAGGAGGACGCGAGCGAGGUGGAGGAGAUGCUGGUUCAGGCGUCGGCGUCGAAGCAGGACAAGCAGCGGCAGGGGAAGACGCGGCAGGAGCGGGACAAGCGGCGGCAGGAGGUUGAGCGGGCGGUCGAGCGGGAGGAGGCGCGGCGGCAGUUUGGCGGUGCGGGUGGGUCGAAGAAGGCCAAUUCGAGGCGGUAG